UGGGAAUUACCUGAUUGCCUUAUUUCUUGACUACGAUGUUUGUUGAACUCUUUGGACAAUAUUAUCCUUACCCGAUUAAAAUCAACAAUGGCGAACAUGUCCGUCAAUACUGGACCUGUAAGUGGGCACUGCAGAUUUGCUCGAACCACGUGCUCUAUAAUCAUGAAAUUGCCGCCAAGUUACGUAAGCACGACUCCGUAACGUUAGCUGCCGUAUGUGAGUGGAUUAACAGUUCGUACGAUGGAAUAUUGAAUUCAGUUACAGAAGAAAACGAGUGCUUGAAAUUUGAGAUUCGGAUAUUUUCAAAACAAAUGCAUUUGAAGUUUUGUAAGUCAUGGGCGAAAAAUGAAGCCCAGUAUAAGUUACAGUGCAUUCUAUUGGAUAAGGAAUUGUUAGUUCCUGGAAAUAGAUUUGCAGAUAGGUUUAGCAUUAGAUUUAUGCAAUAUGAAAUGUCCAAACAACACAAGGGAGCGACUCCCUACGAAGCCGAGGAUGGGUGCGAAAGUGAUGACUCGGCGUUUUCUAGUUCCAGUCAUCAAAUUCAAUCCUAUAAACCUUUGAGUCAGGAAGUCAAAGACGAACUUAUGGAAAACUUAGAACAAAUAAUAAGAACCGAAACAGAGUGUCUACAAAAAGAAAACAAACUAGUGGCAACAAAAUUUGAAAACUUAAAUGAAAGUAUAAAGGGCAUUGAGGCUCACCAAGAGACAAUGCUAAGUGGCAGAUUUCGGCAUUUGUUUCAAAAAAUAGAAAUGAUAAAACAACUCCACGAAGAAACCUUUUCUAAGCUUGUACAACUAGACAGCACAGUGACAGAAUCAAACGCUUUAGUAUAUGAACUUCAUCAGAAAGUGGACACACUGGGAAGAACAGUUCAGCAAUCAUAUCGUAAUCAAAGAAAGGAAAAGAAGGAUGUGCCAUCUAAUGAUGUGAAAAUAAAGGAACUUUUGAAUCUAAUGAAAGGAGAAAUUGAUACUCCGGAAUAUCAAGAAUUAUUAGAAUUAAUAAAAACAUUAAAAAUGCCAUCGUGUUUAUCAAGUAAGGAUGAACAACUACGUAGUGGGUCGAGUGAUAAGGACCUUGUUUCAAAUUUAUCAGAUGUAGACCCAGAAGGAACGGAGAUGACGGACAAUGUCCCAAUGGAUUUGUCUCACACACGGAACAAUGUUUCAGUGCAUGAAGACACCAGGAAUUAUCCGUCACCUAGUCAGUUAAAAGAUGUGGAAAAUUCACUUGGUAUUGGAGAAUAUGAGAAUCAACGGGGCCAAAAUGACAGUUUUAGAAACCUAGAUCCGAAUAGACCAUUAUCCCCAACCCUUCAAAAUGCACUGUCGAAAUACGAAAGCGACAUCUUGACCUCCGAUGAUGAAACUUUGGAACGAGACGUUGAAAUGAACCCAGAGUCAAGCUGUAGAGGAACGAAUGGUGUAUUAACAUGUAACAUCCAGAAGACAAAUACUUGUAACAAUUCCGUUGAUCAUGAAGACGACGGAGAGCUUCAGGGUUACACCAAUGAAUGUAAGCUAAAUUAUGCCGAGGCCAAAAAAGAACCUAGCCAGAAAACUACAAAACCAGAGAUUAAAACAAUGAAGAUUCCCUUUACAGAAAAAUGUUACUCGUCAGAAGAGGUCACACAGUUUCUAAAACAUCCCAAAGAAGAAGAGGAAACGUUUGACAAUGUUAUGGCAAUGAAUAGGCGACCUGAUAGAGAGAAUUGCUCCAGCGAAUGUGAUACUGAUGUUGAAAUUACUUUGAAAGCAUCUGGUCUCCAGAAAUCUAAACCAGUUAUAAGAACUGUAGAGAAAGCUCUGAAAGCGGACUCACCAGAGACUCGGCUGCAUGGACUCGAUACCAUAAUCUGUGUUGACAUAUCGGCCAGCAUGCCGAACAAAGUGUUGGAACAAAUACAGGCGACCAUAUGCUGCUUUCUGGACAUUGUGGAGGAUAUUGCGAUUGAUGUUGGUUUGGAAGAGAAUUUGGGAUUAGUCACUUUCAGCAAAGAAACGCAAAUAUGCGUUCAACUAACAAACGACUACGGCAAAAUCAGAGGCGCAAUCGAAAACCUAAAACCCAGUGGAACAUCUCCUUUGCACACAGCGUUAUCUCUUUGUCGACUGGAACUGGAACGCAAUGGACAUGCUACAUGUAUACACGAACACUGCAUAGCACCACGUAUCAUAUUGUUCACUGACGGACGACCAACCAGAGAUUUACAAAUGGAUGAUUCGGACUCCGAGUUUGCACCAAAAGAUCAACAGACGUUGGACGAUAUAUCGUCUUUUGUUCAACAAAUGGGAUCUGAAGGAAUCCAACUACUUACUGUAGGAACAGGAAGACAGACAAACAAGGACUUUUUAGAAAGACUAGCACAUCUUGGAGGUGGGCAAUAUCAUGAAUUGGACAACAUUACAAUGCUUGCAAAAUAUUUUAGAGACCAGUUCAUCGUUGGGAAAGUGAUACAUGAACAUAGAGAAAGUGGAUGGAAGGAAGACUAUAAGGCAGAGUUACAGAGAAUUCUAAACACAAACACUUUUAGGCUUGACAAUGAAGAUAUAGAAAGAAUUGAAGAGUUUUUACUGCAGUCGGAAGAGUUGUUUGAUUCUGAGUAUCCGGGGCUUCCAAAACUUGGAUCACGUGUUCAAACUAAGGACGGCCGAUGUGGAACUGUAGUAAGACAUAGAAAACAAAAUUGGAUUAAAAUACACUUUGACGAAAAUGACGAAAUAAUGUAUUUUCACUUCAUACCAAAUGCUAAUAAUAAUGGUUUACAAAUAAUAAACCUCCCUCGAAGACAGGAAACUCGCUCUACUGCAUAUGUCGGACUGCUUAUAUACAAAUAUGAUCGUUUCAACAAAAUCAAAGGAUGGGGGUAUUUGUAUGACAGAACAGAGUCGGGAUAUUUAAAGGUAAAAUGGGAAGAUGGUCCAAAGGACAUAGUAAAAGCUAACGAUCUAUAUAAAAAUGAUGGUUACCGAUCGUUUGAUUCGAUGUACGUAAAAGAAACAUAAAGAAAAAGAAAGAUUCAUUAUAUGUAUUUUUAACCAAACUUGGUAUAAAAUUUAAAAGAUAAUAAUUUAUUUCAAAAUAUUCUAUGACUUGUAUAACUUCAUUUAUAAAUUUUAAACCAUAAAUGACUUGUUUGUAACUAACUUUUGUUCUUAGCAGCUGAUGAUAAUUUCGUCUAUAUAAUAUCAUCUAUUACCAUAUUUUAUUGUGUAGAACAUAAUAAUAUUACACGUUGUAAGAUGAAUCAAUGAAAUUUUGUCAUAUCUUUCCUACCAUCUUUAAGAGCUGACCACAAGCAACAUCUUGUUUUGGUAUUUUGCUCUCUUUACUGUUUUCAUAACCAUUGGUUGUAAAUGUGACUACUGUCUGUGUGUAGUUUGAUAAAAUGGAGUGACAGUGUGACUGGUGUUUCCUGACGUUUAUAUUAAAAUCAUUUAUGUAUAUACAACUAUUACUUGUGUUUGUUUUCUUAAUAAAUACCUACACCUCUGACUCAAUUCUAGAGCCAAGCUUUGUUCAAAUAAUCUGACGUUAUAUUAAAUAUUGUAAAAUGAUUUCGAGUGCUGAUCAUACAUAUGUCAUUUUCAUGAGAAGGAUAUAAACAUAUUAAC